UAGUGUAAAUAAAUCGUUUAAUUACGAAAUGGAGAGUGAUUCAGAAGACAGUAAAUAUAAAAAAGACAUUUCAAAUUCAAUAACACGGAGACAUAUCGCUAGACUCCACGAAAGAGUUCAAAUGAAGUAUGGAGAAAUGCAAAGGAAAAUGCAGAAAUCAAAAUCUAUUGAUAUUUUAUCAUCCCUGAAUGAUGACGAUGUAUUCAAUAAUUACUCAAAACAUGUUAGUACGAGUGAUAUUAGUACGCUUAGUGAAGGAAGUGAAAAUUCAGUUAAUUAUAAUAUUAAACGUGAAAGUAUGGUGUUUGUUAGUGCUAAUAAAAAUGAUGCUGUAUUCCAUGAGGUCAAAUAUAAAGAACCUGAAACUGCUUCGAUUAUAAGCAAUGAUGAAUUCAAUCAAGAGAACGAUGAAAUGAAGGAUAACAAUUUAUUUAUGUUUGACGUCCCAUUUAAAGGAAGUUUAGAAUCACUAAAUGAAGAAGCUAAAGACAGUGAUGAGUCAUUUGAACCUUCCAUUCCCCACACCAAAUCAUUAAGAAGUCGGAUUGGGUCAAAAAUACGUGAAGCUGCGAGACGAAGAAAAAUGGAAAGAGAAAAGAAUGCUAAAAUUAAAAAAGAUGAUCGCAUGGAAAGGUUUAUAUUUUCAAAUACAACCAGAGAAGAUACCUCAAAAGUAAUUUACAAGAAAUCAAAAAUAGCAACUGUUACUGUUGCUCUGAUAGAAAUUACAGGAUUAGAAGAAAUCGAAGAAGAGAAGCCACGAUCUCUAAGUUGUCGUUUGAGGCUUGGAUCAGAGAAGCGGAAAUCUAAAUUAAUAAAGAGCCACGCAACCUCGGCUAAAUUUCAGGAGCUUCACAAUUUUAAUUUAUACGACGAUGAUUACACUCUGGAAAUUGUAGUAUGUGAUAAAGAUAUACAUGUUGGAAGGAGUGUCCUAGAUCUGAGUAAAAUGGAGAAGGAAAAAACACAUAGAUUGCAAGUUAGUUUAGAAGAUGUUGAUCAAGUUAAAGUAUUUAUUUUGCUUACUAUAAGUGGUAUUGCACUCACUGAAACCGUAUUUAAUAUCAAUGAUAGUGAAGCGAUACAGGAAUCUGAAGACAAAAGAAAACAGUAUACGUGGUACCGCAUUUUCGACCAAUUUUCUAACGUUGGAUGGAUGUCCAUUAUUGUUUAUGGUGCAAAGGGCUUAAGUGCUCAAGAUUGUUAUUGUGUCCUCACUUUAGACAACGAAUGGAAACAUACAGCAACCGACUAUAAGAACAACUCACCAAAUUGGAUGAAAGUAUACACAUUCGAAGUCACUGACAUAACUUCAAUCCUAGAAGUAAAAGUUUGCGAUGAAAAAAAAGGUGAGGAAGUGGGGAAAAUUUCUAUACCAUUAUUGAGUAUUGAGCCCGGGAAAAAAUGGUACGCAUUGAAAGAUAGCACGCAGCGUGAGAGAGCCAAGGGAAAUAACCCUAGAAUAUUAUUGGAGAUGAAAGUGUUUUGGAAUCUUGUAAAAGCCUCGGUUAAAGUGAUAAAUCCAAAAGAAGUGAAUUUAUUGCACACGGAUGACAAACUAGAUAGGCAUGUGCUCGUAAGAAAUAUAUCGCGAGGUAAAGUGGUCACAAUGUGGGUGGUUAACGCUUUUCAACUAAUAAAAACAUGUUUUGAAUGGGAGUCGACAAAAUGGAACGUAAUUUCGCUCAUAGGGUGGUUAAUUUUAUGUUACAUUUUUAAAAUCUGGAUGUUGCCGUUGGUUUUGAUCGUACCAUUUUUUAUGUACCGACCUAAAUCAUAUUGUUUCAUUGAUUGGAAGAAAAUUAUAACAGUUUCACCAAAAACAGAAACCGACAGCGAACAGAAGGAGGAUAAAUCUCUACGUCAAAAACUACAGGAAUAUCAAGAAACGAUACUAGCCGUACAAAACUUUAUAGGAAAGCUAGCCAGUCUUGGUGAAAGUAUCAAAAACCUGUAUAACUUUUCAGUGCCUUUUGUAAGUUUCUUGGCAAUAUUUCUAAUUCUUGUUAUUGCACUAUUUAUGUAUUUAAUACCUCUUCAAUACAUUUUAAUGGUUUGGGGUAUUCAUAAGUUUACAAGGAAAAUAUUGAAACCAAAUAGAAUACCUCAUAGUGAAAUACUGGAUUUGCUCUCUAGGAUUCCCGAUGAUAUUACCUUGUAUAACUAUCAAGAAAUACCACUGGAACAUAUUUCAGACGAUGAAAUAUAGUGAUGGCUGAAUGUGGAAGUACCUUUUAGGAAAAAACUAUUAAUUACGAGAAGAAGAACUAGAUGUGUUUGUAUUAGUAGAUAAAAUGAUCUGAUAAUUUAUAAAUAUAAAAUAUUCUUAUAAGCUUAUAAUAUACAA